GCAAUGACAUAAGCGGCAACGCGGACGGCGUGACGGGCUUGAAAGCCUUGCGCAUUGUUCGCGUGACCCGUGUUCUGAAGGUUGUUCGACUGAUGCGUGUGUUUCGCUUCGUCAUGGCGUUUCGGACCUUGAUCACGUCCAUUGCCUUCACUCUGAAGUCUCUCUUCUGGGCCUUGAUGUUGCUCCUGGUCAUUGUCUAC